AUGAAAUUUACUAGGGAAUCUCUACAAUUGAUCUCAUCCUCUAUCAUUCACGAAAAUCCAACCAAUCAAUAUAGGCUAUGCAUCCAGGAAAGAGCCAAUUUCAUCUUGCUUCUGGAGAACAUCACUCCGGCCCUGCGCUCAUUAGCUUUGUCUCAAAUGUCCAAAGGAUUUUUAAAGGAAUUUAAUGCAGAUGAGGGUGUGAAAGGUAUCACAUCUGAUCCGGAGAGCCCAGACAAUGAUCUAUUGUUUUCUCUUAUCCACCAUCUACUUUCAGAUAAGCGCUCUAACAAUGUUUCUUUUGAGAAACCCGAUGCAUUCGCAACUGAAGUUUCGUGUGGAGAGCUGGAUCUGGGUACACUUUUUUCCACGCUACACGCAGAAAUUCUGGAGUUGCACAAGGCCUAUCAUUUAGGAAAAUACGUGCACUGCAAGAUGCGCAUUAGGGCCUACAUGCAAUUGGUGCUAACAUGCCAAGCGCUCCGAGAAUGUUUUUUGUUGUUCGUACAAUUUAUUUUGCAAUUUCUGUUCAUUUGGAUAUCCUGUAAUGAAGCAAUUGGCAAGCGUGGCAAACUGAAUUUCAGAUCCGCUCCAAAGAAGAAAGAUCUAAUUCUGCUUUUGAUUUCCGGAUAUCUGUUUGCGGAGCUGAUUUCCAGCGUGAACCAGGUCAAUGAUGCCGAAAAGCUCUUAUUUACAGACGACUACUCUGCUCCUCUUUUGGAGUUCAAGUUGAAUUUAAUUUUAAUUGUGAUGCCUGGCACUGCACUUGGUACACCGCCGCCCUCAUGCGAGGAAGCUAUGAUGGCUACAUGUUGCAUUUACUUUCUUAAUUGUAGAAAAUUUUGUCGCUCCCGCAUCUCCACCCUUAGGGCGGGUCAACGCAAGCGGGGUAUUCUUCCAUGCAAGCCGCUUUUGGAAAAUCCAUCUGAAGAGAUACCAUCUUCUAACAAGCUGCAAGCAAAGCGAUCGUUUUCCUGUGCAGGCGACUUUGAGAUCCUUCUGUGGGGAUGUGAAAGAGCCUGGGCAUUUAGAAUGAAAUUAAUGGAGUUGCAAAUGGAAAAUUCCAGAGCACGUUUUUCAAUGAAAAAAAAGAGCCGAAGAGCACUUCAGUAUGUUUCUUUUCUGGCUGCCCAUUCAAAUGCAGAAACAUAUGUGAAUAGGCAAGAGCUGCAAUGCUAUUGGUAUUGGAUUAGAGCGCACGAACGAUUCGAUCUGAAGGACUGGAAGAUCGCAACGUCGGCCACUGAUUGUGCCGAGUCAAUAUGUAGGGCUCUUCUCAACGAUCACUGUUCUUCUGCUGCUUUGGAGCAGUUUUUAGACGAUAUUUCCCAUCUCAAAAAGCUUUUGAAGGUGCGAAGCGCAACUCCCUCCUCUGAGAACCCCAAAAGUAGCCAUAUUGAUAAGCUGGCUGUGGAGCUUGGCUUUAUCUCUCUUAAAGGCCUCUCGCUGGAUACCCCAAAAUCCGCACCUGUUGAGUCACUGCCAAAACAGCACAUCAUCAACUGGGCUGGAUUUGAACUCAAGUUGGUGGACAAUUUAUUGCUGAUGUUCGAUAAAUUUCUACUUUCUCCUGAUUCUUCUGGGCAAAACUUGAAGGGAUGGAAACGGAUCAGCCCCCAUCCCAAAAUGGACACUCACAUGUUGGAAUUUUUGCAAUUCCAAAAAUUGUGCGCCAAGCUGGCACUUUCGCAGAGCCGUGCAUUGGCGCUUUUUGGCCAGCUUGAAAAAAUCUUCACCAUCAGAGGAAAUUCUCGCCAAAAGAAACUCCUAUGGACCAUCAGAGGAUCCAUUGAAGAAGUUGUUCGAAUAUACGAGGAGAUCAGGAGUCCGGCAGUUGCACCGAUACAUUCGAACCAAAUCUUCAACUCAGCGAUUGAUUCCAGAACUUGUCUAUUUAAGGCAAUUAAGCAGUUGCUAAAUUCAUAUUUCUUUGCGCUCCAGGCAGGACAUUCGAAGCCCGCUGUCAAACAGAACCCCAGUAAAUCGUCUCUUCUUGCGACAGCAGCCAGGGCCCUUUUAGAUAUGAAAGAAGCGCUCCCGGAACUGGAAUCCAAUCUUUUGAUCCUUGAAAAUUCUUUAGAUGUCCUCCGAACUUUCCUUGAUGGCUCAUUGGGUCUUUACAUAGCAUGCAUCAAUGAGAAAAGCAAUGAUGAUGGCGAUUAUACUCUUCUUUCCCGAAGAUUGGAGCCUGGAAUGCGAUGUGUCGAUGCAAUCAAGUGUCUACAAUUGGAGCCUCGUUUGUGUGCUCCAGAGCCUAUUUUCUACGAUGUUGCAUAUGAGGUUAUUAUGGAUCAAGCCAUUUCUGAAAGUUCCUCGUCGCUUUCCCCUGCCUCUACGUAUAUGGCGGAUCCAUCUGCAAGAUGGUCCUUUUCCGGAAUAGUCAAGAAAUUUUGGAAUUAG